UGGAAGCUAAAGGAAGAAAGAGAAUAUCUCUCAUUCACUGUCCAAUUCACUGUAUAAACUUGUACGUGAUUCAUUGAGUUUGGAAGUUAUUGAAACAAAAAAAAAAAUGGUGGCUACCGGUAAUCACAGCAGCAUUUCCAAAACAUGGAAGAAACUGAGCGGGCAAGAUAACUGGAAGAACAUGUUAGACCCACUCGACAUCGAUCUCCGGCGAUACAUUAUCCGUUACGGUCAAAUGGCUGAGGCGACAUACGACGCCUUCAACUCAGAUAAGACGUCGAAGUAUGCCGGAAGCAGCCGAUACGGGAGGUCGGAUUUCUUCUCCAAGGUUGGUCUGGAGAUGGCUAAUCCAUACAAGUACGAGGUGACUAAGUUCCUAUAUGCCACAUCCUCAGUGGAAGUACCUGAUGGUUUAAUCUUGAAAUCUUUGUCGAGGGAGGCAUGGAGUAUGGAAUCUAAUUGGAUAGGUUACGUUGCGGUGGCUACGGAUGAAGGGAAAGAAGUGUUGGGAAGGAGGGAUAUAGUGAUUGCAUGGAGGGGUACUGAGCAGGCUAUGGAAUGGGGCAAUGACUUGAAUUUCAUCUUGGUCCCUCCUGAAGAUGGUGAUGGAUAUUCCAUGUUUGGGAAGGGUUCCGGUGAUGUGAAGGUGCAUCAGGGUUGGUACUCUAUGUAUACUUCUGCUGAUCCACUGUCCCUUUACAAUAAGUCCAGUGCAAGAGCCCAGGUAUUGGAUGAGGUGAGUAGACUAGUGGAAAAAUUCAAAAGCGAAGAGAUCAGCAUAACUAUAACAGGCCACAGCUUGGGAGCAUCGCUUGCAACACUGAACGCAGCAGACAUAGUUUCCAAUGGACUGAACAAGCCCAAGGAUGACCACCUAGACAAUUCCUGCUUGGUGACGGCUUUCGUCUUUGCCAGCCCUCGCGUUGGAGAUGCCGACUUUCGAAAAUUCUGCUCCGGAUUAGAUGACCUUCGAUUGUUGCGCAUCCACAACGUCCCUGACAUUGUCCCCAAAUACCCGCAUUUGGGCUACUCUGAUGUUGGACAAGAACUGGUGAUCGACACUAGAAAGUCUAACUACUUGAAGAGUCCUGGCAAUUUUUCAAGCUGGCAUAGCUUGGAGGCGUAUUUACAUGGUGUCGCUGGAACUCAAGGGGCCAAAGGAGGAUUCAAGCUAGAAGUUGAUCUUGAUAUCACACUCUUGAACAAGUCCAAGGAUGCAUUGAAGGACGAAUAUCAUGUGCCUGUCUCAUGGUGGGUUGCGCAAAAUAAGGGGAUGGUUCAAGUUGCUAAUGGUUCUUGGAGGUUAAUGGACUAUCAGGAAGACAUUGAUUUUGGGCUUUGAGUGUCAUCUUAUAAAGACUCAUAUGAUUUUUACUAUGCAUCCAUCAUCAUAUUCUCGUCUCUAUUGAAGCUAGAAUUGUCGAUUUUGGAUCUAAUAAAAAAAAUUGUAUUCUGGAUUAUACAUUUUAUUGUAUUUAAUUUUUUUUUUGUCAUAAUUUGUGCGAUUGAUCCAUACAUAGACAUAUUUUACACAUGUUAAUAGAAUCUAAUUACAUUGUA